AUGGAGCGUCUCAGAAAAGCUGGCCCUAACGAGCGUCGCUGCAUUGUCCGUCAAGCCUUAGGAUUUUAUCGCACACUGGUCGUGGGAGGUAUCUAUACUCUCGACAACCCCCACAAGGAUGUAUCAUUAGAGUACACGCUCAUUAGAGCUCUGAAACACUGCGUCGCUAUACAUCCAAUUCUUUCUGCCUGUAUAAUUGGAGAAGAUACCGAAACACCAGAAUUUGCUAGACCGGCCCUCUUGGACUUGAACAAACAUAUCGAUUUGAUCGGCACACGGCAGUCACCGGACAUUCUGGACGAAAAAGAUUUGAUCAAGCUCACCCUGGCUCAAGUCAAUAACCAUGUAUUCACUAAUUGUAACAAGACUCCUCCAUGGAAAAUCGUUGUACUACCAUUGUGUAGGGGAGAGCGACCGCAGACCGACAGAUACCUCAUAUUGUUUGGUUACUAUCACUCGCAUGGCGACGGUAAAUCGGGUCUCGCUUUCCACAAGACAUUUCUGGCUGGAUUGAAACAGGCACAGCAUCGUCAUUGUGUAUAUGACGGUGAUUCUGAAUGUGCAACCCCAAGGACUCCCUUGUUACCUACGCUGGAGGCCUCAGGAGAACUCUCAGUCUCUUGGGGCUACCUACUUUCGCCACUUCUUGGAGCAUAUUUGCCAUCCUUUAUCGCGAGUCCACUGGGUAUUCGCGCCUCAGCCACACCAGAAGCCGAUAACCAAUGGGUAGGUCACGACACAUUUUUCGACCACGAUAAAUAUAGUACUGGCUUGGAGAUCAUCUCUGUCGAGUACGAGGAUGUGGAGAAAGUCCUUCGGGACUGCCGAGAACACAAUCUUAAACUUACAGGGCUCCUUCACCAGAUCAUCGUGCAAGCUUUGAGCAAAGAACUGCCUUUCGAGAAAGCAGGCUCGUUCGUCUCGCAGACUGCGGUUGAUCUACGCUCUCAUCUCAAUGGAAUCACCGAUGAUGACAUGGCACUCUGCCCAACAGCAUACUACGAGCUCUUUAUGAGGACUGCUGAAGAGAGCUCGAAUCCGACUUUGAUUUCUGUCAAAGACAACUUCUGGAACGCUGCACGGACUACCACGCAGAAUUUGGCAAAAUGUGCCAAUACCUUGAGCGACCAGCCAGUUGGUCUACUGGGAUACCUUCGCAAGAUGUACCCAUGGACAAGGGGACAGAUUGGCAAGCGCAGAGAAUGCUCAUACGAACUCAGUAAUAUCAUGUCCUUCAACCCUGGAUUCUUCAAGCCCGAGGAUGGGUGGAACGUUGAGUCCAUGAUCUUCUCACAGCCUGCCAAUGUGUCUUCUGGCUGCCUAAACUUCAAUGUUGUCUCCAAGUAUCAGGGGGAUCUUACCAUCGUCAUCUCGUGGCAGCUAGGUGCUUUAGGCGUGCAGAACGAGCAGGUCUUUGCAGCGAAUCUAGGAAGGUUUAUUGCAAAAUCAUUGAGAUCGUUUGGAGGGUUGUAA